UGGAGUUUAACCUGUAGUGCAGACAAAAAAAAAUGGAAUGUUGAUGUUCUGCAUUGUGGGAGCUUCCAUGUGGAAUGCCGCCUGUAAAGAUGAGCUGUUGAACGUUCAUUUCCUUGUUUUUUCUUGGUAGUAGUUUUUCCUGCCCUUUGUUUUAAAAAUGGUCUCUGUGUUAAACUUCUUAACCGUUGUUGGCCUGAAGCUAUGAAUAAGGCUUGUUUGGAACAGAGUAAUUUCACAGAGAAUAACUUUUUUUUUUGCUUUUGCGAAAGAGUCACUACUCGAUUUCUCUACGGAUUGCUAGAGGUUUAAAGUCUGGAUUGGCAGCUUUCUCGUAACCCUUUCCCAUGUGCUUGCUGCGGUUCAGGAUUUCUUUAGACCAUGACUGGAGCUAGGAGGCAAGGCUGACACUUUUGGUCAUGCGUUUGGAUUCUAUUGUCCGAAUAGAAUUCCUUUGGUAUUGGCUGGAUGGUACUGGCCACUGGAUUGAAUAUGGCAAAAAGCAUUCAGAACACUGUCCUGCCACGGUAUCCUCUUCUGACUUGGAGGCUGCUUUUCUAGCUGACCAAAGAGGCAUUGUAUUUUUUCGUGCAGGGUCUCAGCUGUAUGAACUCAACUUCCGAGACAUGGUCCAGAGAAACCUGUACUAUCGAACCCAGAGAAAAGUCUGUCGAUGGCCCAGACUUGUGUUUUUUGGAGGUGAACAAACACAUGGAAAGGGGUGUUUAUUGGAAUUAUCAUCUCUUCCCUUCCAUUUGUUUCCUUCAAGCUGGGACCACUCCGCACUGCCAGAUAUAGGCUACAAGUUGGUGGCCGUCUCCAAUUCUACUAAAGAAUAUAAUGAAAUUAAGGAGCUAUUUGAGAAGACGAUGGAAGGUUUUGUGAUCCAGAGGCUCCGAAGGAAUCAGAACCCUUCUCUUUGGCAAGUCUUUCAGUGGCAGAAAGAACAGAUGAAGAAGAAGAAUGGAGGGAAAGAGGUAGAUGAAAGGCUCUUGUUCCACGGCACCAGUACGUCUCACCUGCAUGAGAUCUGUGGGCAGAACUUUGACUGGAGGAUCUGUGGGACCCAUGGAACCUUAUAUGGAAAAGGAAGUUAUUUUGCGAAGGAUGCCAUUUACUCUCACCGUUACUGCAAGUCAGAUUCCCGCUUCCAGAUGAUGUUUGUAGCUAGAGUUCUAGUCGGAGACUAUAUUCAAGGGAAUGUGGCUUACCUUCGCCCUCCACACAGGCCUGACCAGCGCAACAGCUUUUAUGACAGCUGUGUGGAUAUCCUUCUGGAUCCUUCCAUUUUUGUCAUCUUUGAGAAGCAUCAGAUUUACCCAGAAUACAUCAUAGAAUACAGACAAGCAUCCCAGUGCACAAUCAUGUGAAGUGGCAGCAGUAUAUCUGCAUUUGUAUUUUUUCCUCUAAGAGGCAUAGAUUUUGCAUCUUUUUUUAUGGACUUAAGAAAAUAUUUUAAUAGACUGUACAGGACUUUUUUUAAAAAAAAAACUUCCAUGUCUUAUGAGCUUGAAAUGCUAUUAGUUGGACAACCCAAAUCCCUUUUGGAAUCAUUGGCAUUAUUUUAUGAUCAAAAGGGAGUUGGCUGGAUUUUUUUUUCUGAACAGAAAUAAACUUUAAACUGGUAUCUUCA